CUAUUUUUUUCAUGAACGGAGACCAACCACGAUCACGCUAUGUGCCGCCUCAUUUGCGCGGCCAUGAACAAGACGGCGGCGGCAGUGACCGCGGCAGCGACCGAGGCUCGGUAGACAGACGCGGCGGUGACCGCGGUGGAUACGGUGGCCGUGACGGUGGACGUGGCGGAGGAUAUUCCCGCGAACCGCCCGCGAGCAACUCCCGUUGGUCGGGCUUUGAAUCCGGCGGCGGAUACGGUGGCCGCGAAGAGCGUGGCGGCUAUGGUGGACGCGAUGGAGGCGACCGUGGGUCGUACGGCGGCAGCCGCGGCGGCGGUGGGUACGGCGCCCCUCGCAAGAACCGCCUUGGAUUCCACGGCGACAUGACCCCCAACUCGCGCACGGAACAAGAGUUGUUUGGCGACUGCCAAUCGUCCGGUAUCAACUUUGACAACUACGACGACAUCCCCGUGGAAACGAGCGGGGAAGGCGUGCCGCCGCCCAUUUCGUCGUUCAACGAAGAAGAGCUCGGCCCCGAAGUGUGCAGCAACCUGAAGCUGUGCAUGUACAACAAGCCGACGCCCGUGCAAAAGUACUCGAUCCCGAUCGGGUUGGCCGGCCGCGACAUGAUGGCAUGUGCCCAAACCGGCUCGGGCAAGACUGGUGGGUUCCUCUUCCCGACGUUGGCGUCGAUGCUCCGCAACGGCCCGGCCGCAGCGCUCGACGAAAACUCUGCCGGCGGGCGUCGCCGCAAGUUCUUUCCAUCGGCGCUGAUCUUGGCGCCGACGCGUGAACUGGCAUCUCAAAUUUACGACGAAGCCAAAAAGUUCUGCUACUGCACCGGCAUUGCGCCUGUGGUGGUGUACGGCGGAGCCGAGGUGGGCCAGCAGCUGCGCAACUUGGAGCGCGGCGUGGACCUGUUGGUGGCCACCCCCGGGCGCCUCGUGGACCUGAUCGAGCGCGGCCGCGUAUCGCUCGCGGGCAUCCAGUUUCUCAUCUUGGAUGAAGCCGAUCGCAUGUUGGACAUGGGGUUUGAGCCUCAAAUCCGGCGCAUCGUCGAGCAGGAAGACAUGACGCGCGAACGCCAGACGUUUAUGUUUUCGGCGACGUUUCCCCGCGAGAUCCAGCGAUUGGCGUCGGACUUUUUGCGCGAUUACAUCUUUUUGACGGUGGGCCGCGUCGGCGCGGCGUCCAAGGACGUCAAGCAGACAGUUGUGUGGGUGGACCAGCAGGACAAGGAAGACUACCUCAUUCGGUUCCUGAACGAAGUGCAAGACGGCCUGAUCCUUAUCUUUGUUGAAACCAAGCGCAAUGCUGACUUUUUAGAAGACAUGCUGUGCCAUGAAGGGUUCCCGGCGACGUCGAUCCACGGCGAUCGGACCCAGCGCGAGCGCGAAGCCGCGCUGGCGUCGUUCCGAAGCGGCCGCACGCCCGUGCUGGUGGCCACGGACGUGGCCGCGCGAGGGCUGGACAUUAGCGGCGUCACACAAGUGAUCAACUAUGACCUCCCGACUAACAUUGACGACUAUGUGCAUCGCAUCGGGCGCACGGGCCGCGUCGGCAAUGUCGGAAACGCGCUGUCUAUGGUGAACGACAAGAACCGCAAUAUUGUGCGCGAAUUGCACGAGCUGCUGCAGGAGAACGGCCAGGAGUGCCCGCCGUGGUUGGCCCAACUAGCGUCGUAUGGCGGCGGCGGCGGGCGCGGCGGUGGACGCGGCGGCCGUGGCGGACGCGGCGGAUCGUCGCGCUUUGGUGCCCGUGAUUUCCGAAAAGAAGGCGGUGGUGGCGGAGGGCCGCCUAGCCGAGGAGGCGGUGGGUUUGAAAGCCGCGGCGGCGGAUAUGGCGACCGAUCCGGAGGCUACGGCGACCGCAAUGGCGGCGGCGGCGGCGGGUACGACAACAGUUCGUGGUAGAGAGUUUUGGCCACAAGCAGCACCGGUAUCAUAGCCAUCCUUCGAUGGACGGGUGGAUGCCGGUGACUGACCGAAAAGAGCUGGAGAUAUCAUAGAUGAUAGGUGGGAGGCGAGUGUAUUAUUAAUAGGUAGAGCUAGCUCUGGAUCCAUUUGCAUAUAAUCAACAUGUAUGGACAUUUGACGGA